AUGACUUCAACAAACAUAUCCACUAUUUUCUUCACGGGUGCUACAGGUUAUAUUGGCGGCACGGUGCUCACACGCCUCGUUGACCACCCUACUUUCGCCAACUUCGAGAUCACUCUGCUGAUUCGUCCUUCGAAGAAGGACAAAAUCUCCACUUUUCACUCUCUUGGGCUCAACACCGUCCUUGGGUCUUACAACGACCUCGAUAUUCUCGAGGAACAGGCGUCAAAAGCUGACAUUGUAUUCUCCAUUGCUGACGUAGAUAAUUUGGCCGCGGCACAGGCAAUCUUGAGAGGUUUGACGAAGAGGUACGACGCGACGGGUCAGCAACCUCUUCUUAUCCACACGUCUGGAACUGCUGUGCUGGUAGACGAUGCUAAGGGCUUGCAUCCCACCGACGUUGUCUACGAUGACUUGAACCCAGACCAGAUUGAGACUCUUGCUAUCACCCAGCCGCACAGGAAGGUUGACGUCGCCAUCGUCGACGCCGAUAAGAGAGCCUAUAUCAUUCUCCCUUCAACGAUAUACGCACUCGCGAAAACAAAAUUUGUCGAUCUGGGGUUGCAGAAUCCUCGCUCUCAGCAAAUCCCACGGCUUAUCCGGGCUGGGCUUCUCAAAGGCCAAGGGGGAAUGGUAGGCAAGGGCGAAAAUGUCUGGCCCAAUGUCCACAUUGAUGACAUUGCCGACUUGUACAUAGUCGUGUGUGAAAAUGCACUAUCAGGAAAGGCAAGUCACGGCCGGGAAGGAUUCUACUUUGGUGAAAAUGGGGAGCAUAAAUUGUACGACCUGAGCAAGGUCGUUGCGCAGGAGCUUUACAACAUCGGAAGAGGAAAAUCUCUGGAGCCAACUCCUUUCACCGAGGAAGACUACAAUCGUCCUGAGAAUUUCGGUAUAAGUUGA